GGACAGAGAGCCGUGAUGACGCAAGAUGGUCUCACAACAUAAACCAAGAUGGCGGAAAAAGCUGAAUCGUGUGGCUCCUCCGUGCUCCAGGAGACAGCACAAUGUUUCCGCCGGCCGCAGCACGCAAAAUUCCUGCUGGCAAACAUGAACGAGCUCCGAGCCCGUCCACACAUGUGCGACGUUACUCUCAUGGUGGGCGGGAAGGAGUUCUACCUGCAGAAAAUCGUGCUGUCGGCUGCAAGCACUUACUUCAGGGCGUUAUUUGAUUAUAGCAAAGGACAGGGACAAGUUGGAGACAAGCCGUUACAGAUCGAGGCAGAGAGCCUAACGGCGUCUGUUUUUGAACAAAUCGUGGAGUACAUUUACACAGGGAAGAUCGACAUCAGUGAAGACAAUGUCCAAGACAUUCUCCAAGCUGCUGACAUCCUCCUUAUGACAGAUCUUAAGGACUUGUGCUGCGAGUUCCUCGAGCAGGUUAUCAGUCCCGAGAACUGUCUGGGGAUCCGCAACUUUGCCGAACUCUUCAACUGUCCAGAGAUCCACUUCUUCGCGACGGAGUACAUGGAGAUGUCCUUUCACCAGGUCAUGUUUACUGAGGAGUUUCUGGAGCUGACGUUCGAACAGCUGCUGGAGAUCCUAGAACACGACAAACUGAACGUACGCAACGAACAGGACAUCGUGGAGUGCGUGCUGAAGUGGCUGGAGCACCAGCCGGAGAGCCGGGUGGAGCACCUGCAGCAGCUGCUGUCCAGCCUGUGGUUGGAGACGUUAGAGGCGCGGUACAUCGAGGAGAGGAUCGCCAAGCAUGAGCUGGUGAUAGACAUCGGUCCGGUGCAGACCAUGCUGCUGGAACACAUGCAGCCCAAGUCGGAGGAGCAAAGCUGGAACUCCACGCGCCCCAGAGGGUACAUGGACGUUAUCGUCGCUAUCGGGGGAGAGAGUCGCAGGAACAAGGACAAGGUCCUGGAUAACGUGCGGUGUGUGCGGCCGGCGCCCCACAGACAGCACAUGUCUGUGUGGAUAGACCUCGCUCCUCUUCUCACAGCCAGGAAGGACCACGCUGUCUGUGCAGCAGGUGGCUACAUCUUUGUGUACGGAGGGAUCGCUCAGGAUGGCCAGGUGCUGUAUAGCGGGGAGAGGUAUGACCCAGGCAGGAACGAGUGGAAGGAGGUGGCGCCCAUGCGCGAGGCCAGGCACUCCUUCGGCCUGGUGGCGAUCGGCUGCACGCUGUACGCCAUCGGAGGGGAGGGAGACUUUGGCCAAGUCCUGGAAACCAUGGAGCGUUACGACAUCUUCUCGGACAAGUGGACCCCCGAUGUUAACAUGACGGCACCUCGCAAACUGGCCUGCUACGCCACGUGUAACAAGAAGAUCUAUGCUAUUGGUGGUGGAAGGGUAGGAAAGCUGUACGAGUCGGUGGAAUGCUACAACCCCAAAACUCAGCUCUGGAGCUCUGUCAGCCCCCUGGAGGAGCGGCGCUUCCACGCCUGCGCUACCGGAACCCUCGGGAACGAGCUGUACGUCGUCGGGGGGUUCCGGAAGCUGGAGUGUCCCAGUUCUGUGCACCAGGAGAUCAAGUUCUGUGGGGGAGAAGUGUACAGCGAGGCUGCUGGGAGGUGGUUCAAGGUCAGCACCAACACCAUGUGCACCAUGACGGGGUCGUCUAUAGUCAACUCUGCUGUCACCAUAGGCAGCAGUGUGUAUGUGGUGGGAGACCUGGAUGUGGGUCAUCAGUACAACAGUAUCCGUGAGUUCCGGAUCCCGACGCAGACUUGGCACUGCGUGAUGCGGGACUUCCCCAGCGAUCAGAAGAACAUGCACUGUUGCACCAUCCGCAUGCCCAGCUGCUUCCUGUUUCGCGCGGAGCUGGAGAAACGGAAAGCCGCCAUCGAGGCGCGUGCGCGGCAGAUCUACACGCACGCCGCCACGCAGCGGUCCCCCGAGCGGUACGGUUCCGGGGGGAUGACGGGAGCCAUGGGGGCCAUGGCGCGAGGGGAGGAUGGGGAGGGAGGGGAAGGUGGGGAGGGAGGGGAGCAGUAACAGCUUACUCUUAAACCAAGCCUAAGAACUUUAGAAUCUACAAUCGCAACAACCACUCCUUAGGCCUAGCAAAAUUAAGGUGUUUUUGAUUAUGGGCCUGAGAAUAUUAGGGUUUGUAGAUAGGGAAUCUCUCUUUUUUUAAAACUUUUGGAUAUCACUGCAUAGGGGCCCCCUACACUCAAAUGCACUGGUAAGAACACUGAUGUGAGAA